CCUGUGUGUCUGCCCGUCCUGUGGGCACCGAGGUCCCUCCCUAUGCACUGCUAGAGCCAGAGACGGGAGACGCCAUGAUCCCCGCCCUCACGGCCCUGCUCUGUCUCGGGCUGAGUGUGGGCCCCAGGACCCGAGUGCAGGCAGGGACCCUCCCCAAACCCACCAUCUGGGCUGAACCAGGCUCUGUGAUCCCCUGGAGGACAUCUGUGACCAUCUGGUGUUGGGGGAGCCUGGAGGCCCAGGAGUACUGCCUAUAUAAAAAGGGAAACUCAGUGUACUGGGACAGACAGAAGCCACUGGAGGCCAGGAACAAGGCCAAGUUCUCCAUGGGACACAUGGCAGAUGAUUUACCAGGACGAUAUCUCUGUUCCUAUCGCAGUCCCACUGGCUGGUCAGAGCUCAGUGACCCCCUGGAGCUGGUGGUGACAGGAUUGCACGACAAACCCAGACUCAUAGCCACGCCCAGCCCUGUUGUGACCUCAGGAGGGAACGUGACCCUCCAGUGUGGCUCGUGGGUGGGAUUCCACAGGUUCAUCCUGAUGAAGGAAGGAGAACGCCAGACCUCCUGGACCCGGGACUCCCAGCGAGCCCCCAGUGGGGGGUCCCAGGCCCUGUUCCCUGUGGGCCCUGUGACCCCCAGCCUCAGGUGGACAUUCAGAUGCUAUGGUUGUUACAGCAACACCCCCCAGGUGUGGUCGUACCCCAGUGACCCCCUGGAGCUGGUGGUCUCAGGUGUGUCGGGCAAGCCCUCCCUCCUGAGCCAGCAGGGCCCUGUCGUGACCUCUGGACAGAGCCUGACCCUCCAGUGUCGCUCUGAUGUUGGCUACGACAGAUUCGCUCUGUCCAAGGAGGGAGCAGGUGACCCUCCCCGGCGCCUUGGCGGGCAGCCCCACGCUGGGCUCUCUGGGGCGAACUUCGACCUGGACCCUGUGAGACCCUCCCACGGCGGCCGGUACACAUGCUAUGGUGGACAGAACCUCUCCUCCGAGUGGUCGGCCCCCAGUGACCCCCUGGACAUCCUGGUCGCAGGACAGCUCCCCGACACACCCUCCCUCUCAGUGCAGCCAGGACCCACGGUGACCUCAGGAGAGAAUGUGACCCUGCUGUGUCAGUCAUGGAGCUCUGUGGACACUUUCCUUCUGUCCAAGGAGGGGGCAGCCGAUCCCCCGCUGCGUCUUAGAUCAAAGCACCGAGCUGGGCAGCAGCAGGCUGAAUUCUCCAUGAGUCCUGUGACCUCAGCCCACGGGGGGACCUACAGGUGCUACGGCUCAGUGAGCACCUCCCCCUACGUGCUGUCACAGCCCAGUGACCCCCUGGAGCUCCUGGUCAUAGGAACAGCUGACACCCUGAGCCCACCCCAAAACAAUUCAGACCCCAGCAGUGCCUCAGAUCUCAGGGAUUACACGGUGGAGAAUCUCAUCCGCAUGGGCGUGGCUGCCUUGAUCCUGCUGGUCCUCGGGAUUCUGCUACUAGAGGCUCAGCACAGCCACAAGGACCCCAGAUGCAGCCAGGAGCUAAACACAAGGGGAGCAAACACACCAUUCCCUAGACGACCCCUGGUCCUCGCCAUCCCCGGGGUCAACUGCUUGCUCUUCCAGCUGAACCCAGGGCUGUUCCCGGCCCUGGGGAGGGGCUGUUCCCCUUCCUGUGGGGCUGCUGACGUGACAACCAUGACAGACAGGACCAGCCUCCGCAUGACCACACCCUGUGUGUCUGCCCGUCCUGUGGGCACCGAGGUCCCUCCCUAUGCACUGCUAGAGCCAGAGACGGGAGACGCCAUGAUCCCCGCCCUCACGGCCCUGCUCUGUCUCGGGCUGAGUGUGGGCCCCAGGACCCGAGUGCAGGCAGGGACCCUCCCCAAACCCACCAUCUGGGCUGAACCAGGCUCUGUGAUCCCCUGGAGGACACCUGUGACCAUCUGGUGUCAGGGGAGCCUGGAGGCCCAGGAGUACCGCCUAUAUAAAAAGGGAAACUCAGAGACCUGGGACAGACAGAAGCCACUGGAGGCCGGGAACAAGGCCAAGUUCUCCAUCAGAUACAUGACAGAUGAUUUACCAGGACGAUAUCUCUGCUCCUAUCGCAGUCCCACUGGCUGGUCAGAGCUCAGUGACACCCUGGAGCUGGUGGUGACAGGAUUGCACAGCAAACCCAGAUUCGUAGCCACGCCCAGCCCUGUUGUGACCUCAGGAGGGAACGUGACCCUCCAGUGUGGCUCGUGGGUGGGAUUCGACAGGUUCAUUUUGAUGAAGGAAGGAGAACGCCAGACCUCCUGGACCCGGAACUCCAAGCCAGCCCCCAGUGGGGGGUCCCGAGCCCUGUUCCCUGUGGGCCCUGUGACCCCCAGCCUCAGGUGGACAUUCAGAUGCUAUGGUUGUUACAGCAACACCCCCCAGGUGUGGUCACUCCCCAGUGACCCCCUGGAGCUGGUGGUCUCAGGUGUGUCGGGCAAGCCCUCCCUCCUGAGCCAGCAGGGCCCUGUCGUGACCUCUGGACAGAGCCUGACCCUCCAGUGUCGCUCUGAUGUUGGCUACGACAGAUUCGCUCUGUCCAAGGAGGGAGCAGGUGACCCUCCCCAGUGCCUUGGCCGGCAGCCCCACGCUGGGCUCUCUGGGGCGAACUUCGACCUGGACCCUGUGAGACCCUCCCACGGCGGCCGGUACACAUGCUAUGGUGGACAGAACCUCUCCUCCGAGUGGUCGGCCCCCAGUGACCCCCUGGACAUCCUGGUCGCAGGACAGCUCCCCUACAAACCCUCCCUCUCAGUGCAGCCAGGACCCACGGUGACCUCAGGAGAGAAUGUGACCCUGCUGUGUCAGUCAUGGAGCUCUGUGGACACUUUCCUUCUAUCCAAGGAGGGGGCAGCCGAUCCCCCGCUGCGUCUUAGAUCAAAGCACCGAGCUGGGCAGCACCAGGCUGAAUUCUCCAUGAGUCCUGUGACCUCAGCCCACGGGGGGACCUACAGGUGCUACGGCUCAGUGAGCACCUCCCCCUACGUGUUGUCACAGCCCAGUGACCGCCUGGAGCUCCUGGUCAACGGACCCUCUACAGACCCUGGCCCCUCACCCACAGGGCCCAGCUCAACAGCUGGGUCAGAGGUGAAUGCACAGAGCCCAGCAGGUGCCUGGCACACAGCAGGUGCUCAGUUGAAUGGCAUCACUGGCUCCUUCAUGGUGUGGCUCCUGCCCCAGGUCCCCACUGGUACCUGUACGUCCUCAUCGGGGUCUCGGUGGCCUUCGUCCUGCUGCUCGGCCUCCUCGGCCUCCUCCUGGUCCGACACCGGCGUCGGGGCAAAGGCAGGAAGCCAGGGGCUGCAGACCCAGAGCCCAAGGACAGAGGCCUGCAGGACAGAUGCUGCCGUGCAAGACACUCAGCCUGAGGAGGGGGUGGAGCUGGACCAUCGGCAGAACGCACGGGAUGAAGACCCCCAGGGAUUGACACGGGCCCAGGCUGCGACAUCUCAUGCCCCUUCGGAUGUGACCUACGCCCAGCUGAACCGCUUGACCCUCCGACGAGAGACAAGUGCAUCCCCUCCCUCCCAACCAGGGGAGCCCCCAGCAGAGCCCAAUGUGUAUGCUGCUCUGGCCCUCCGCUAGCCCAGGAAGGACCCAGACCCCACACUCCAGGGAAGCGACCGCAGAGACCCUGGAAGGCACAGGAGCUGCCCACACUGGGCGCCACCUAAUGCCAGCCAACCUGGACUCCUCACGCAGACCAGUAGGAACUCCCGGGACCCUCUGGGAGUCACCUGAUUCUGCCAUCAAAGAUAGUACUAUCUCUAUACUUUGGAAAUCAAAGGAAUGAAAUGAGAAAACCAAAAUGGAAAUGAGAGAAUGUUUACACUGAAGGACAAUGUAAAUGUUACACAUCAAACCUAUGAAAUGGUAAAAUUAAGAACCAAGUCAAUGAUCCAAGCCAUCAUACCAUGAAUUUAAAAAAAGAAUAGCAAAUUAUUCCAAAUGAAGGUAGAAGGAGGGAAAUACAGUGAUAAGAGAAGCUACUAAUGAGGUCAAACAAAAAAUAAAGAAGAAUCUAAAGCCCAAAAUGUUCAUUUUUGUAAAUAUCAAUCACAUGUAUAAAUCCUAGCCACGAUGGCCAAGGGACAGAGAGAGAGAGAGAGAGAGAGAGAGAAGGCCCACAUCCCAUCACAUCACCAUUCAGGACAGCAUCACAGCCUACAGACUUUAAAUCAAUAACAGAGUUUAUUAUGUUCAUUUUUAUUAGUUAUUAUUAUAUUAUGAACAAUUUUAUGCCAAAAUAUUAAAAAAUGUAGAUAAAACAAGACAAAAUCCUCAAAAAUACAGGUUACCAAAAUGACAGACAUAGGGAUAAAUAGAAAAUCUGAAUUGCUGUGUGUGUAAUAUAUGGUGAAUAUGCAUUAAAGUUUUUCCCACAGAGUGAACUGAAUCUGGAAAGUUUCACUGGUGAAUGCCUCCAAAUACUGAUGCAUUGUGAAAUACACACACACACACGGACAAUGGACACACCUACAUACACACAAACACAUGAACACACAUAUACUCCUACACACAUGAACAUGUGAGCACACACUGACACACAUGCAUGCACACAAACACGUGAACACGUAAGAGAUACAGGUACAUGCAUGUGAACACACAUGAACAUGUGGACACACAUGCACACACGAACAUGUGAACACAUGCAGACCUAUGGGAAUGCCGACACACAUGAACAUGUGAGCACACACAUGAACACACACAUGCACACACACAUACCAAACUUACACAGGCUUCCCCUGAGAAUAGAGAAAGAAGGAAUGCUUCCCUAGCACAUUUUAUCAGUCCAGAAAAACAAAAAUUGACAUGAAAACUUGACAAGAAGAACCAACCAAUUAAAUAAAGAGGAAAAAAAGUGAUAAGCCCUGAAUGGAUAAAAUAGGGAUUCCAGCCUGGUUAUUUCCACCGGGACACCCCCAGCUGAUGAGGUUGGAUGUUGUAAGUGCCCGAUUUGAUGUUACUUUGUCGAAUUCUCAUUUGUUGCCUACUAUUACCUACACCUAUGUGUAGAUUCCUUUUCUCUUCUACUAGGUUUCCAUAAAAAUAAAGUUUUCUUUCUUUUUUGAAACUGAAUAAAUAAACAAACAAAUAAA